ACAGUACAGCAUCCUCUACAAGCAAGAGCUAGCACACAGCGAUGCCAUAUGGUCAGUAGCUUGGGGUAAGAACACAAAUGAUGGGUCGGAGACGGUAGUCAGUGGUUCCCUGGAUGAUUUGGUGAAGGUGUGGAAAUGGAGCGGUGAGAAGCUGGAUCUUCAAUGGACAUUAGAGGGUCACCAGCUGGGAGUGGUGUCUGUGGACGUCAGUCACACUGGAAACAUUGCAGCUUCUAGCUCUUUAGAUGCCCAUAUUCGUCUCUGGGAUCUGGACUCUGGAAAGCAAAUGCGUUCUAUUGAUGCUGGACCAGUGGAUGCUUGGUCUGUGGCCUUUUCACACGGACUCCCAGCACUUGGCUACAGGAAGCCAUGUGGGAAAAGUGAACAUCUUUGGUGUGGAAACUGGAAAGAAGGAAUUCUCACUUGACACCAGAGGCAAAUUUAUCCUCAGUAUUGCUUAUAGUCCAGAUGGCAAGUAUCUGGCCAGUGGAGCCAUUGAUGGAAUUAUCAACAUUUUUGAUAUCGCAACUGGCAAGCUCCUCCACACGUUGGAAGGACACGCUAUGCCUAUCAGAUCACUGACAUUCUCUCCGGACUCCCAGCUGCUAGUUACAGGCUCUGAUGAUGGAUAUAUAAAAAUCUAUGAUGUGCAACAUGCCAGUUUGGCUGGUACCCUCAGUGGACAUGGCUCAUGGGUUCUGAAUGUGGCUUUCUCCCCUGAUGAUGCUCAUUUUGUCUCUGGCUCUUCUGAUAAAAGUGUAAAGGUAUGGGAUGUCGCCAGCAGAACAUGUGUACAUACGUUCUUUGAUCACCAAGAACAGGUUUGGGGUGUACAGUACAACAGAAAUGGCUCUAAAAUUGUAUCUGUUGGAGAUGACCAAGAAAUCCAUAUUUAUGACUGUCCAAUAUAA